UCUAGCUGUAGCAAUGUUCUAUAUUUAACACAACUGCAAAGAUUAGGUGGUUAUAAAUAUGUUAGUUAUUUCGAAAUAAAGCAUUGUGAUUUACAAUCGCGUAUUUGCUGUCCAGCCUGGAAGAGAAAGGUUGAAUUAAAGGUGGGUAAAUGGGAGAGUCUGAGAACAGUGCCCACGGCCGGGUAACCGUGUACUCUAUCCAGGGUUGUCCCCACUGUGUGCAGGCCAAAGCCACUCUUGGACGUCUGGGCGUGCCGGUAUGCGAUGUCAAUCUGGGAAAACAUCCAGAGCUGCGGGCUGUGGUGAAGGAACUGACGGGGCGAAGCACAGUUCCCCAAAUAUUCUUCAAUCAAGUCCACGUAGGGGGUAAUGACGACCUGCAGAAACUGGAUCCAGAGGAGCUGCAGAAACUGGUGCACCUCGUGAGAGACGAGCCCACCGACACGCCACCGCUGCCCGAAGACGACCAAUCAGAAGAAGGAAUAGGGGAGGCUGACGGAGAGUUUGUGUGUGAGAGGGAUGAACUGGCGAGCCUGGUAGAGGACUUCAAAGGGUCCAAUGUGAUUGGGUCCCAUAGAAUGGGGCUGAGUCUGAUCAAAAAGAGCUUCUCAGAGAAACAGCUGAUUGACUGGCUGCAGAAAGAGAAGGGCAUGGCUAGAGCCCAGGCCUGUGAGACUGGCCUAGGGUUGCUUGAGAGGAAGUACAUGGUGAGCGUGGAGGGCUCUGGGAAGCGGGCCGAGGGCCGCUUCGGAGAGGGCAGCUGCAGAGGGGACGCUCUGUACAGGCUGCUGGAGCACGAGUCCCCGCUGGCCCUCAAUGCGGGACAGACGGCCGCCUGCGCCCCCCUCCAGGCUGCGGAGCUGUCUUCUAUUAUGAGGGAGAUAGUCCUCAAGCUGUUCUCUGAUCAUCUCUCGGCCGAUGGCAAGCGUGUGGACUACAAGGCCAUGAAGGUGAGCCCUCUGUUUGAGCGCUACUGCGACAUGGCCGUGCAGCUGCAGCGCGUGGAGCUGGCGUCGCUGACCAGGGAGGAGAAGCUGGCCUUCUUCAUCAACACCUACAACGCCCUGGUCAUCCACGGAUACCUGCGCCUGGGCCCCCCCACCAGCAUGUGGCAGAGAUACCGGUUCUUCAACUACGUGAGCUACCUGAUUGGCGGAGAGGUCUUCACCCUGCAGGACAUUGAGAACGGCGUCCUGAGGGGGAACAGUAAGGGCAUGGCUCAGCUCCUCAGGCCCUUCUCAAAGACAGAUCCCCGCCUGCAGAUUGCGCUGCCAGACGCGGAGCCCCUCAUUCAUUUUGCCCUCAACUGUGGGGCAUCAGGCUGCCCCCCCAUCAAGACCUACACCCCACAGGGCAUCGACAGCCAGCUACGCACCGCCGCCGAAGCCUUUCUGGAGAACGACGAUGGUUGUGUGGUGGAUUCGGAGAAACGAGAAGUGCGACUCAGCCAGAUCUUCAAGUGGUACAAGGCUGACUUUGGAGGCACAGAGGAGAAGCUUUUAAACUGGGUGCUGGAGCACAUGGGUGACUCACCCAAGAAGAGCAAGUUGCAGGGCAUCCUCUCUGCUGGGAAGACCAAAGUCAGCUAUCUUCCUUACGAUUGGAGCACCAACAGCACCCAUUGAGGUUCUCAACCUCUGAAUGGCACAACAUCUCGGCGUCCAAGCACCCUUUUCUGCUAUGCUGUAGUUCCUAUGCCAGAAGAUUGACGCCAGUGUAUACAUGUCUUAUCCAGCGUUCAGCACGCUGUUAUGCAAAUACACUAAACUGCUUUCCCCGGGAGAGUGGCUGUUGCCAUUAAUGUCCCCUUUUGAUAGUGGAACGCUUGCACAAUCGACCACAUACUUGUUUAAAGGUUUAAGUAAUCUAGGGAUACAUGAACCCUUUUUCAGGAUGAACAGGUAAUGCAGCACUAAACUGAAAAUGUGUAGGGCUACAUGUCUCCAAUGUAAUCCUAACUAUUCGGUGACGUUAAGUGCUGUCUUCCUCUAUUUCUCUGUAAUGUUAUCAUUUGAAACCAGGUCUUCCACUUUAAGCCAAGGGAAAUCACAAAUGCUGCUUUUUUUUGCAGGUAUUUGGCAUAGAUGUUAAUAUAUUUCUGAUUUGCACGUUCAAUUUUGAAAGGGAACUUUUAAUAUAAUUUAUUUUUCCUAACAUUCUUUCCUAGAAAAUCUAUAUAAAAAAAUGUCGGCACUCAUUUUUAUUUGAAGUUGCUUCCCCCCUCCAAUGUAACUGCCUAAUCUCAGGUGCAAGGAAAAUCUCUGAGCAAAGCUUUGCUACGAAAUACAACUUCCUGUACUGCUUUUUCUUUACUGAAUACCUCUCCAGGACCCUGCUUGCACUGUUUAUUGCAUGUAUCUUUGGUAUGCUCUUCCUUAGAUUUCCAUUUGAUAAAUAAAGUACUUAAGUAAUCGG